AUUUUCUUUCCACCGUCAAUACCAUUGCGUCCUCAUAUGGAGUCGCCUCCGAAAUGUUGGAACCAACGAGGUUCUGCCGCCUCGUAUCUGGUCUGAUUAAAGACGAAGAGGGUUACGUCGUGAGACUGGCAGCCGCGCUUCUACCAACAUCUCGAGUUCUAAAUGGCAAGAACAACAAGGCUUCAGAAAAUUCCUUCCAAUCAUAUUUGCUGUUGAUAUACCGCACUAGAGCACUUCCAAAGAUGUCCAGAAGAAGCCAAACAUCCUCCAGAACGACGGACUCAGACCUUUCUUCACUGCCCAAACUACAAGAACCGGUAGAAACCUCAACAAGUCCGGACGAGUUGGUCAAUAACUGGGAAAAUCUCCUCAACCAUGCUCGUAUGCGAAAAGACUUUGUGAAGCUUGGAUUCGACCUUAGCUUCCCAUUCGAAUAUGCCUUUCCGGAAUGGGCGACGCACUUCAAUUUCGAAGUCUAUUAUCUCGACCCCGAAACCGCCCAGCGGAAUGCGACCAGGUAUUUCAACGAGCUGAGACCGCACAUUGAUGCCGCUCUCUCCAUCAUCGAAGAGGCCGAUGGUGACCUUCUUAGGAUUGAGAGAAGAUGGGAACUGACCACCAAGUCCUGGUCUGGUGAGCUCAGCAAGGAAGAGGAGGAGAAGUGCCAGCCGGCCAUUAGUGCUAUCAAGAAAGCCGAUGGUCGCACGAAGAUGAAGAAGGAUGGUCCUUACAAAACAAUGAAGGACAUUGUGGAGGAUGUUAGCGACGUCUACAUCGAAGUCAGCAGGUUUCGUAAUCACAUGAAGGAAGUCGGGAAGAUUUUGAGGAGCAGUGGGAACUUGGAUAUCAUAAAUGCCUUGGGAAACUUGACAGUCUAAGUCAAGUAACUGACGAAGACUUAACAUAACUCUCGACGAAGCUGCGACGGAAAACGUCAUGCACUUCACCAAGUCUGGAAUGACACAAUCGAGAAUUACAGGGUGC